AUGGAUGAUAAAAAGAAACAUCACAAGAAAAAGAAAGUAGGUAAGAAGAGCAAAAAAAAAAAAAUUAACAAAAAUGGAAACAAUAAGAAAUAUCAUAAAGCUUUUGCAUUUAGUGGGGGUAUAAAAAGUGCUCAUAGAAGAAAACAACAUUUAUUUGAAUUAGAAGAGAAAAAGUUAAGAGUACAAAAAAUAUUUAAAGAAGGUAAUAAAAUUAGUCCUUUAAUUGUAGUAAUUCAAGGUGCUAAAGGUGUUGGUAAGAGUACUUUAUUAAAAAGUUUAAUAAAAUAUUAUGUAGGAAUAACAAUAAAUGAUAUUAAAGGACCUAUAUCAAUUUUUACGAAAAAUUUAAAAAGAUAUACAUUUAUUGAAGUUAAUGAUGAUAUAUUACAUAUGAUAGAUGUGGCAAAAAUAGCUGAUAUAUGUAUACUUGUUAUUGAUGGAAGUUUUGGAAUUGAAUUAGAAACUCUUGAAUUUUUAAAUAUUUUAUAUACUCAUGGAUUACCUAAAGUUUUAGGUGUUGUCACUCAUUUAGAUAAAUUUAAAGAUAGUAAAAGCAUACGAAAAAGAAAAAAAAAACUAAAUAAAAGAUACUCAGAAGAAUUAGUAGAAGGAUCUAAACUAUUUUUUCUAAGCGGUAUACAAAAUAAUAGAUAUAAUAAAACAGAAAUAAGAAAUUUAUGUAAAUUCUUAUCAGUUAUUAAAAAACCAAUAAUUUCAUGGAGAGAACAACAUGGAUAUAUAUUAGGAUUAAAAUUGGAUGUAGACGAUCUUUUAAUUAAUAAUCAAAUUGAAUCUCAAAAAAAUAACAUACAAAAUGAACACAUUCAUGGUGAACAUAUUUAUGGUACAAAUUAUGAUGAUGAAGAAAAAGAAAAAAAAAUCAUCAACUUCUUAAAUAAUUGUGAUGAUAAAAUUAAUGUAUCUAUUGAAGGUUAUGUAUAUGGAAGUAAAAUAUAUAAAAAUCAAAAAAUACACAUUCCUAAUAUUGGAGAUGUCGAAAUUAAUAAUAUACAAAUCUUACAGGAUCCUUUUAAAUUAGAUGAACAAAAAAAAAACCCAAAUAUUUAUGCUCCCAUGUCAGAUGUAGGAAAUCUAACAUUUGAUUUUGAUAAUAUGUAUAUUCAUAUACCAAAGAAUAAAGUCAAUUUUACUAGUGACGAACUAUUGUUGCCUGACCAAGGAGAUAGAACCGUUUCGAGGGAUCAAAUGAAAGAAAAGGAAGAUGAUACGGUUCAAGAUAAUGAUGAUAUAGAUGUAGAUGGAGAUGUAGAUGUAGAUGUAGAUGGAGAUGUAGAUGAUGAUGAUGUAGGUGAUGAUGAUGAUGAUGACGAUGAUGAUGAUGACGACGACGAUGAUGAUGACGACGAUGAAGAUGACGAUGAUGAUGAGAACCACAAUAAAGACAAAUCCUCUAGUCAUAAUAACCAAAAUAAUGAUAAAGAAAAAUACAUUACAGAUAGCAUAAAAAUGAUAAGGGAAUUACAAAAAUCGAAUGGUGUUUUUUCAAAACAACAAAAAGAGAAUUUGAUGCUUUUUAAUGAAACGAAUGAAAAUAAGAACCCAUCCAAUAUAAGAAGAAAAGCCCCAUCUAAUGUGUAUAUAAGUGAAAAACAAAAAAAGAAAAAACAACAAGAUAAUUAUGUGAAUGAAAAGGCAGAAGAAUAUAAUAAAUUGGAAUCAAUUCUUUAUGAAAAAAAAAAUAAUGACGAUGAAUAUUAUUGUGCAAAUAAUGUAAUCCUCUCUUCUGAUGAUGAAAAAGAGGAAAACGAUGCUUCAUUUAGAGAGUUUUAUAGAAAGUAUGGAUUAAAAGGUGAUAUGUCUGAUGAGGGUGGAAAUGAUGAUAUAAAUAUGUAUAAUGGUCAAGAAAACGAGGAGAAAUUAAAAGAUACCUAUGAUAAGCUCCUUGAUGGGGGAGAAGACGAAGAUGACUAUGAUGAUGAAGAAAAUGAUGAUAAAGAAAAUGGUGAUGAAGAUGAUGAAAGUGAUGAUGAUGAUGAAAGUGAUGAUGAUGAUCAAAAUGAUGAUGAUGAUGAAAGUGAUGAUGAUGAUCAAAAUGAUGAUGAUGAUGAAAGUGAUGAUGAUGAUCAAAAUGAUGAUGAUAAUAAUAAUAGUAAAGAAUUAAAAAAUAAAAAUACCUUGGAUCAUAACAAAAACAAAAUGAAUCAUAUGCAAGCACACGACAUAGCAGACAUUUUAUCAUUUGAUAACAAAAUUAGUGUGGACACCUUUAUAUACGACUUUAGCUACAUUAAGAGAAAAAAUAAUUUACUAUAUUUUAGAGGGGAUGUUAUAAAUGUAAUAAAAAGAGAAGAAAGAAAAUUAGAGCCGUCACCCCAUUUGAAAGAAUAUGAAGAAUCGUUUUAUUUUUUAAAAAAUAUAUUAAGCACAGAUAUUGUUGAAAAUAAUAAAUGUGAAUAUUACAGUUACAUGAACGAAGAGAAUUAUUAUUAUGAUGAGUUAGAUACAUUUAGGGGUGAUGAGGAAGACGUUUUUAUUUUUAAUAAUCUAUCUAUAUCUAUAUAUGAUAUAGUAGAUAGCGAUGUAGUGGAUAAUUUCUUUUCACGUUAUGAUAGUGUGUAUAGGAUGUUUUUUAAGAAUCGCAAGAGAGGAGAUAUGGAUGUAAACGACGAAGGAGAUGAUAACAACAGUGAUAAUAACAGUGAUAAUAACAGUGAUAAUAACAGUGAUAAUAACAGUGAUAAUAACAGUGAUAAUAACAGUGAUAACAAUAGAAGUGAUAACAAUAGCAGUGAUGAUAAUAACAACAGUGAUGAUAACAACAACAGUAGUGAUAAUAAUAACAAUAGUAGUGAUAAUAAUAACAACAGUGAUAAUAUCCACAACAGUGAUGAUAAUAAUAACAAUUUGAAAGGUAAGGGUAUAGGUAACACAUUGAAUGAACCGGAUAUAAAAGAAAACUUAAAAAAGUUAAAGGAAGAAAAAUUGAUUGAAAAAGAAAAAUUUAAAGAAACUGAAAAGAUCGGUGUUUUAAAUAAUGGAUAUGGUUCAUCUGUAAAUAUAGGAGAAUAUGUACGUAUUGAAAUUAAUAUAGAAAAAAAAAAGUUAGCUAUAUUAAAAAAUAAUUUAAUAAUAUGUGGUGGUAUACAAACAUAUGAAGAAAAAGAUUCACUAAUACAUUGUAGAAUAAAAAAGCAUAGAUGGUUUCCAAAAUUAUUAAGAUCUAAUGAUCCAUUAAUAUUUUCAGUAGGUUGGAGAAGAUAUCAAAGUAUACCUAUAUAUUCAAUAAGUGAAAGAAAUAAUGUAAGAUUAAGAUAUUUAAAAUAUACUACUGAACACAUGCAUUGUAAUUGUACUUUUUUUGGACCAUUAGCUAGUGUAAAUAGUGGUAUCUUAGCAUUAUAUAAUUAUAAAAAGGUUCCAUUUUAUCGUAUAUGUAUUAAUGGUUUAAUAAUAGAAACAAAUAAUAAUUUAAAUAUUAUGAAGAAAUUAAAAUUAAUAGGAGAACCAUAUAAAAUAUUUAAAAAUACAGCAUUUGUAAAAAAUAUGUUUAAUUCUGAUUUAGAAGUUUGUAAAUUUCUUAAUUGCCCUGUUGUUACACCCAGUGGUAUUAAAGGUUUAAUAAAAAAUAAAAUAAAUAAUAAUGGUGAUUUCAGAUGUACUUUUUCAGAUAAAAUUAGAAUGAGUGAUAUUGUUAUAUUAAAAUUAUAUGUAAAUGUAAAAAUAAAGAAAUUUUAUUAUUUCGAUAUUGAAAAUAAAAUUAAAUCUAUUAAUGAAUUAAGAUAUAUUUAUAAUAUUUAUGUUAAUCAUAAUAAUAAUUAUAGAUCUAUCCCAUUCAGACAUUUUUAUCAUACAAAAAUUCAAAUCAAAUCAAAAUUAAUAAAAGAUUUACCUUUCAAAUCCAAACCAAAAUUAUUUAAAAAAUUACAAAAUCAUUCAAAUAUAAACAACAAACAACAAUCUACUCUUAUUAAUAAGAAAAAUAAAAAAACAGAUCAAAUUAAUUUUAAUGCUCUACCUAAUCCUAAACUUGCAGCCAAAUGGUAUCAAAUGCUACAUACAAUUAAAAAAAAUAUAAUAGAUCAAAAAAAACAAAAAUCACAAUUAUCAUAUCACAAAAAAUUAAAGGAAAAAUUAAAAAUACAACAAACCAAGAGUAAAGUUGUAAAAGAAAGGAAAAAAAUAUCAUACAAAAAGGGUAGAAAAAUAUAA